AGGGACCUAGAGACGGAAUACAGGCCUUGAAGAGAGAGAAAGUGAGAGAGAGAGAGAGAGAGCGAAGCCAAUGAAAACGUAACGCGUGAGAGAAGCAAAACGUAUCAGAAAAAGAAGAGAGAGAACGGGAAGGAAAGGCCCAUGGACGAAGUGUUGGUGGCUGGAGAUGGCAGACCUUUCUUCUUUAACAACAACAACAACAACACCACCACCCCUUCCUCUUCUUCUUCCCCUGUUUCUCUCUCUAAUCUCCCUCUCCUCUCCUCUUUCCUUGCUUUCGCCAUUGCUCAGUUCCUCAAGCUCUUCACCACCCGGUAUAAGGAGAAGAGAUGGGAUGCCAAAAGGCUGCUUGGUUCAGGUGGAAUGCCAUCUUCACAUGCUGCAACUGUCACAGCACUUGCAAUAGCCAUUGGCUUAAGAGAGGGAGCUGGAAGCUCCAUGUUUGCGCUUGCUGUGGUGGUGGCAUCUGUUGUCAUGUAUGAUGCAUCAGGGGUUCGGUUGCAUGCUGGUCGACAGGCAGAGUACUGCAAAGAUCCACGAAAACCAAUAGAUGGCAAUGCACUUCUGCUCACAUUUUGUGAAGGGUAUCCAUCAUGCUCUCUAGAGUUUAUUCAUUACAGGACAGUGCUUAUAUAUUAAUUACAGAUUGCGGUUCCUGCAUGGAGACUGUUAACUAAUUUUAAAGGAAGUAUUCUAUAAUUAAUUCACUAUGGAAAAGCUGUAAUCCGUUGGGUCUUCCUCCAAUUAAAUGAUGCACAGUGAUGGAGAAUGCGAGGACCCACCAAAAGAGGGUAUGACCUGAAUAGCAGGUCUCAAACUUUCUUGCAUCAUUGCCCAUCAUUUCAUUGGAUGCUGAUUACCUGAAGGCCUUUUCUAUAGUUGAUUGAGUUAUUGUAUUCAUCCUUAUCAAUCAAUCCAUGAUGUAUAACAGAGUUGCAGUUAUUGCUUCACCCAAAACCCCCCACAGAAGCUUUUGGAUUUAACAAAAUUUUACAUAUCUCAUAUCAUACUUCUUCAGUGCUUUGAUAAUCUUGUCUUGGAAUGCAAACAAUGUUGAGUGACUGAAUUUAUCUUUCAUUUUCAUCUCUUUGGUAUGACUGACCUCUUGGUAUAUGAUCACUGCUUGAUCUAUUUUUCUUAUUUCUUUAUUUUUGGAUGGGGUGCAGGGGUGUGUGGUGGGAUCUCUGAUUUUGUAAUGAACUUGAUGCUGAAGUAUUAUAUAGUAACUUUACUUCCCUGAAGUACUGUAUUAUCUUGGUCCUGAGACAUUCAGUUGUCUAUGAUUUUUCGUGUCUAGGCAACUGUGAUAUAUGUGAUUUCUAAUGUUUACUUGAUAAAAUAGGCUUCUUCUCACAUGCUCGUUCAUUUUUACUGACUUUAUUAUUGACUGCCACA